CACAGAAGCACGAAUUAUUUAUCCAACUAAGCAAAUUUUGAAUUUUGAAUGAUCGUAGAAUUGUUCUUGGAAGUUGAUUAUCUUAUAUUGAUUUUUGGAUUUUGGACUUAACAACUUUUACAAGAAUUGCAAAGAAACGCGAAUCCUCUUACUUCUAUAACGAAACCUAAAGAAAGAUGUCAGAAGAAUAUGUCAAACUAAUUUCCAGUGAUGGUUUUGAGUUUAUUUUAAGAAAAGACAUUGCUUGUAUAUCUGGAACCAUAAAAGCCAUUCUGAAUGAAGGUGUAUUUGCUGAAGCCCAGAAAAACGAGUGUACGUUCCCUGAUAUACGCGGUUCACUUUUAGAAAAGGUUUGCGAAUACUUACAUUACAAUCAUCGCCACAAGAAUCAGCAGGAUGUUCCCAAGUUUGACAUUCCUCCAGAAAUGGUCCUAGAACUAUUGGUCACUGCAGAAUACUUGGACACUUAGAAACUUUACUUGUGAAUGUCAAUAACUGAGCCGUUACUCAGUAGAUCCCUCAAAAGUUUUGUUAUUUUUUUUUUCAGUUGAUUAUUUAUGCGACUACAAACAGUAGUACUUUAAGGCAUAACUUAGAAUCCAAGAAACAUAAAAUAUUUUAUUCAGAAUUCGUAUAAAGACAUUGCAAGAAUACUUUUUGAAUAGAUGUCUUGAUCAACCUAUUUCGGUAUUUUUCCCUCUAAAAGCAUAGCCUCUAAUCGGUUAAUUUCAGCAAUUGAAGAAGCAUGUUUAAUUGCGUCUUUGAUUUUUUCUUUCUCCUCGGGAGUUAACGCAUAGCCGGUGGAAACGGUUGUAUUCGUAUCUGUAUUCGAUGACUGUACAAGAGUUCCCAAAUCAAAUACACGGCUUUUAACCCCCAUGAUAGAUGCAGCUAUUUCAGUAGGACGGUCCACAGUUCCAAACAUUUCUUGAGCUCGAGAUCGUUCGUUUUCGCGGACACGCUCAAAAUCUAAGAUAUGCAAUGACGGAAUUCGCCAUAUUAAGUAUAAUCUGUAAUACUGGUUUUGGCUAACUGCAUUAUCGAGACAAGUCAAAUGAGUGAGUCUGGUGCAUGUAGAUAAGGGAUCUAAAUCCGCCAGUUGUUGGAUAUGAUUUUGGGCUAACGAAAGGAUUUUUAAGUUGGGUAACACUUUGCCAAGCUCUGGGUCAAUCGUGCUUAUUCUAUUUCGACCACAAAGAAGGGUUUGAAGACGUCUCAUACGUGGGAAGUUUCCUAAAUACCGAAUGUCAUUGUCGGUAAAAUCGAUGCUAUCAUUGGUAUCUCGAAGAAUACCCAAGUUUUCAAUUAAUGGAAUUUGAUACCCUGUA